AUGGCGCUAACGGCAUCCUUUGGCGAUAUGAACUAUGGCGUCCAGGCCGGCAUUAUUAAUGGUGAUGUAAACCCUAUGAUCAACCUUCCGCCUGAGCGACGCGAAACUCCACCACAGCCAUCCAUCGUGAUACCUUUCGCGCGAGACGCAGAUUUUGUCGACAGGGGCACACUGCUCGACGAGUUCUGUGAGCGAUGCACGCAGCCAAAUGCAAGGAUAGCGCUCGUCGGACUGGGUGGGGUAGGGUAA